AUGGAUCCUAGCGAGUCUCAUGAACUUGUAAGAACUUCGGAAUAUGAACUUCACGACGAAAAUGACGAUGUUAUAGAGAUUGAAAGCUGCGCUGAGGAUGAAGCUGAGCUACAGAGAGCAGCCAGCAUUCGCAGACGCGCAUCUGGCAGAGCAGGAGGCCGUACAAACCGUUUUGCAAAUCGGCAAAGGCAUACGGCCAUUAAUUCACCUCACAACGCUGAAAGUGUUGAAGGCGAUGACGAGGUUGAAGUGGUCGACGAGAGAAUCCUCGACGAUGGUGGGCCUUUGAACCCGCGCGCGGGCUAUAUUGAUCUGGAAAGAGAAGGAGCUAUAAGAGUGGCACAAAUUAGACCACGGCAACCUCCCACCGAAAACACUGAAGAGGAAGAAGUUGUGUUUUUAGGGCAAAACACUGUUGAUUCCAGCUUUGUUUUGAACCUCCCCGGUGGCGAGCGACUGACGAUAUCAGGAAGUCCGCUGGAACAACCCAUGAGGCGGUCCUUUCAAAAUCAGUCACCUCGCUCCUUUAACUCAAGUAAUAGCAGGGCUAGAUUACAGCGUCGCGCUACUAAUAGAGCACAGCAGCUGUUCAUCCAUUCCCCCGAGGACUCAGAAGACCAGAUACUUCGUAAUGGGCACAGGAUGAGGGACAGAAUUCAGCAAAGAGAAAGUGCUCGUGAAACAAGAUCAGAGCAGCAUUUGAGAAGACAGCGAGCUUCACGAAGAAGUGUUCCCACAAACGAUCCCGAAUUCGCAAGAAUACAAGACAGGAUAGCUCGUCUUCCUCCCGGAGUCCUUGCUGCUUUCGAUGAAGCGCAAUCAAUUCAAGAAUUCCAAUCAAUUUUGCAAGAAGUAGACAGACGAAUCUACGAGCAGCGUGAGCAUGAACUGACUAAUCUAUACUCUAACUUUCGUGGCCAUGUUACACAGUCUUGGGCUAACGAAAGAAUGAGACGCUCAAACGUUAGAACAAAUAACAAUACACGGACGGGAAACCGUAGGCCAGAGUGGAUGCAAUCUUCAGGUGACUUAGCUAACCCUAACGCUCGACACCCCAGCUCUAUGAGAUCAUGGAUUCCGUCUGGUUAUGGGUCUUACUUCGGUAGAGAUAUGGAUGAAGCUCGAGAAACGCAAAGUCUCAUCGAAAUGAUACAAGCUCGCGAGGAACAAGAGAACGACACCAGAAAACGCAAGUACAUGGAGGCGUCUAAGACUCAACAGCAUGAGUUUCUGGAGAAAGCGAACAGUCUACCGGAAAAUUACAGCUCCUCAUUCGACACUACACCUAAAAUGAACAUAUCAAUCACGAAUAAGGGAAAAGACGAAACGAUUAGCGUUGCAGAUGACGAUGCAGACUACACAGAAGUACCGGUAUGUACACUAUGUGGCGUCGAGCUUGGCGUUGGUAUUCCAGACGAUCACAAGGGUUCAAAAUCUGAGGAUAGAGGAGUCUCUUUCGAGGCUCUUGUUGCAAAGUACCAAUUUCACUGUCCUUUUCAGACUCUUCAGAGCAUAACUACCGCAGACAGAGACCUGUCACGACGAACUUACGUGGCUGUUUGUGGCCACAUGUUCUGUGGACGUUGCUUCAAGCGACUCGAUACUGCUAGCGCGCAAGGUAAAAUGUCAAAGAAGAAACUGAAAGACUUGGGAGGGCCGUCGCAUCCGGACAAUUACGGCCCUAAGCAAUGCCCAGCGGAUAACUGCAGAGGUCAACUGAGAAGUAGGUUCAGAAUGAAAGAAGCGUUUUUCUAA